AUGAAGUGCCUGCUUCCAGCCUGCAUUCUUCUUAUUGCCGUUAUUGUUGUUGAAGGUCGGCGAUAUGGGGAGAAAAGACUUCCAAUUCACCCAAAGAAACCCCUUAUAGGACACCCCAAAAAGACAUUUGGAAGCAAAGGAGUCAUAGGUAAUAAGAAGAAGGUAGGAUUCUUUGAUGGUUUCCGAAAAAAGGGAAUAUUUGGCGGAUCAAAGAAAGGACUUAACAAAGGCACUAUAAAGGACAAAGGGAUCAUUCCCGGUAAAACUGGACUUAUUCCGGAUACUAAGAUUAUUCCAGACAAGACUGGAAUAAUCGGUACAUGUCCUUCAAGACCGUGUCUCCAAACACAAGAAUUCAUCCCACAAGAAUGUCGUAGACCUCAAUUCUUCCUCCACAAUGGCCGCCAAUGUCCCGACUGUGAUAUUGAUAUUUGCAUAGGUGGAUCCAUUCUUCCUGAUAAUGGAGGGGUUUUUGGAGGAGGACUAGGACCAAGGGCACCUCUUGGGCCAAGACGGAAUCUUCCUGGUGACCUGGAUUGGCAGAGAGGUAUUGGAACAGAUUUUCCUGUUAUUCCAGGAGGAGUAAGUACCCCAGUAAAUGGCGCAUUUCUCCCAGAUCCACGAUUUGGUGGACAGAUUGGACCGGAUCAAUUCGGACCGGGAAGUUUUGAUCAGUUCGGAUUACAAAAUGACAGACAGUUUGGUCCUUUACCAAACAGUGGACUAAAUGGACUAAACGAUCGCUUCAAUGCUGGAUUUAGUGAUUUUGAUCCGUCAUGGAACACAGGAAAUGUGGGAGAUUUCGGUGCUUCCUGGAGAGACAAUGCUAUACCGACCAACAGGCGGUCUAGUUUUAUCUAAUCAUUGCU